UAAAUAGGUGCCAUCUUCGCUAGGGGGGCACACUCACCAUGGAUCUGCUCAAGAGGCACCUGCUGCUCCUGGCCAUCGCAGCUUACCUGUGUGCCAUCGUCCAGGCCACGAUCACCAUCCAGAAGGUUAAGCCAGCUCUUCCGGAUCCCAGCCAACUGCUCGCCAAGCUACCGCCGAAGCCGGACUUCCUCAAGGAUCCCUCUCAACUAUUGGCCAAGAUCGCGCAAUCCAAGCCAGCUCUCCCCGAUCCAAGCCAGCUGCUCGCCAAGUUGCCGCCCAAGCCCGCCUUCCUGAAGGAUCCCAGCCAGCUCCUCUCAGCUCUGCCCUCCAAGUUCAUCAAACCAAAGCCUGUGUUUAUUAAGCCGGUGAUUGUGAAGCCGGUGGUGGUGGUCCAGCCCGUGGCGGUCGGCGGUGGUGGCGGAGGUGGCGGAGGAGGCGGAGGCGGUGGUCACGGCCACGGACAUCAUGGUCAUCAUGGCAAGAACAAGAUAUAAUUUACUUUCCCAACAGUUAGACAGUAAGGUGAAUAAUAAUUUAAGUAAGAGUAUGCAUCUGUGACAAGUUCAUCAACCUAAAAAACCACUUCAUGAAACAAGUUAAAUAAAAUAAGUUAAAUAAAUACACUUAAUAAAAGCGUG